GCGAAAAAAGGCUUGAAGGUCUAAGGAUCGCGUAACCCUUCAAACCUCGCCGUUAUUGCUCCCUCCUUGUCUUGAACAAUUAUUAUAGAUUCUUCAAUAGUGACAAUUCCAUACCACAGCAUCGACAAACCUUUGCGCAUUUCUCUGUAACAUCUUCCAGAGACCUGCCAAAGUGUCGCGUCUUUGCAAUUUCAUUCAUUUUCAAACAAUGUAUGUUGAAAGAAAGCUAUUUCCGGCUUUCAAAGACGUUUACUCGAAACAAAGGAGACUAAUAGAUCGCAGAAGAGUAACACUGACUCGGCACACUUUAAUAUCGUACUGUGACUUUAAGACGGACCUUGCGAUCCGAACGAGGUACGAUAGCUAUAUGGGGUUGGGUGGAUAACUGGGCAUCAAGAGCAGGUUCAACAGUGAAAAUUAAGGAGGAAAGCUUCUGAGAGAUCAGCACUCUCUUGAUAGACAAAUAUUCCAAUCCCGCCCUCUUAUCCAGGCACAUCGAUAACUUUACCUUAUCCUCUCUAUCGUACUUUGCGUUUCUACGAAGAAGCAAGAUAGCUGCGGCGCGAUCCCAAAGAUAUACAUAACGUACCAGGGAAACAUUGAUUCUACCACUCUACCACUAUUUUCAAUACGCUAUAUCUUUCGCUGCACAAAAAUAACAAUGUUUUUCCUCUACAAUCUUGAGCGUCAGGUCACCCUGCACCCAUCAUACUUUGGUCGCAAUAUGCAUGAGCUGGUGACUGGGAAGCUAUUAAAAGAUGUAGAAGGAACGUGUACGGGACUUUACUACAUUAUCACAAUUAUGGAUACCUUCAAUAUUUCCGAAGGAAGAAUCCUUCCAGGGAGUGGACUGGCCGAGUUCACUGUUGGAUAUCGUGCUGUAGUUUGGAGACCCUUCAAGGGCGAGACCGUAAGAACUCUGAGUACGUGAUUGAAUUUCUGUGCAUUUCUCAAUAAUUGAUGUAGGUCGAUGCUAUUGUAACUUCGGUCAAUGCUGUGGGCUUUUUUGCAGAUGCUGGUCCUUUGCCUCUCUUUGUAUCUGCUCAUGUAAGUCUCGUCUAUUGUCUAUUAUUGUCAGCACACACAUUAUACUAAUCUCGUGCAGCUUAUUCCUCGUGAUAUUAAAUUCGAUGCAAAUGCAACACCACCCCAAUUCACAAACAAUGAGGACUCUGUCAUUGAACCAGGUACUCAUGUCCGAGUGAAAAUCAUAGGUACAAGGCCUGAAGUUGGAGCCAUGUUUGCUAUUGGAAGUAUCAAAGAAGAUUAUCUAGGGUAAGUUUCUUAAAUCAUUAUGGUCAACCAUAAACUAACUUUAUGUAGCUGUUUGCAAGCCUCAUGAUUCUCUGUCUCUGGUACAUCAAGCCUAUAACUAAACAUGAAAGACGUCAACAUCUGGAAAGCAUCAAUCAUGGCUCUCUGAUUCUUCCUACGGAAGACUUGAAUGAAGACUUGGCCAAGCCUUCCCUGAAAUUCUAUGAUUGUUCAUUUUGUGGAAAUGACCAGCCUCGGUGUUUUCUCAACACUUUGAGUUGUGGAGGAUCCCUAAAAGCCCACCAAUUUCACUAUACUAGGAAUUUGGACACUUACUGUCACAAAGAAUAGAUGAAUGGAUAUCUACCCCACAAAUGU